CACCCCCACCUCUCUGUCUGCGCUCUCGAUCCAACAUGGAGUGAGGAGAAGAUGGGGCUCGUCAGGGGCCAUCCUAGCCGACACCUGAGCACCAUCCUCGGUCACUGCCGUCCAGGACAAGGAGGACGAAGAAGGUGUGCGAUGCGCUGGUUGGAUUGAGGCGGAAGACGAGGAAGAGGAGUCAGCAUCCUCAAAGAGGAGCGCGAGACGACACGAAGACGCCCGGAGAGCCGCACGCGCUGCUGCGGAGGCCCGCCAAACAUGGAGACACUGGCGGGAAAUCAUUAUCACAGCACGUGAACGUGGACAAACAUGAACGAGGACGCGCGCCCAGAUGAUGACAGCUACAUCGUGCGUGUCAAAGCGGUGGUGAUGACCAGAGACGAUUCGAGUGGUGGCUGGUUGGCGCAAGAUGGCGGCCUGAGCAGAGUGGGCGUGUGCAGGAUAGUGCCGGCCGGCCUGCUUGGACGCAACGCCUUCCUCAUCCACGGAGAACGACUCAGAGAUAAACAGGUGAUUCUGGAGUGCUUCUUGAAGAAGGAUCUGAUCUACACCAAGGCCACGCCCACGUUCCACCACUGGAAGGUGGACAACAGAAAGUGUGGUCUGACCUUCCAGAGUCCAGCAGAUGCGCGAGCCUUCGACCGUGGCGUGAGGAAGGCCCUGGAGGACCUGACAGAAGGCUCGACCACUUCGUCGUCGACACUGCAGAACGAGGCCGAGCUUGGUGAUGAUGACGUGUUCACGACUGCCACUGACAGUUCGUCCAACUCAUCUCAGAGGAGGGAGCCCGUCAUGCACACACUGGCUCCGCUCACCUUCUGCGAGCACCGCCGCCACUGCAUCCUGGGACACUUCUACGAGCAACACCGGCCUUCCGACCACUACUUCCUGGACCAGACGGUGCACACAUUCCCUCGCCACGUAAGCUUCCAGUUUGAGGAGGAGAUUGUACGCAUCAACCCUCGAGAGCGAGCCUGGCUCACCGGCUACGAGGACUACCGGCACGACUCCGCCACACGAGACAAACUCUUGCUGUCCAACACGCCGGACGCCUACAUGCGCUUCGCCAAGAGCGAGGCGCCCAAGUGCGACUACAGCUACCCAUACCCAUUGGCCUGUGAGGUGCAGCGAGGCUGCAGCGGCAAACCCGCCUGUCUAGACCUGAGCGGCGGCACACUGAGGGGGGCGGUGACGGUGCAGCCUCAAGCCAAGCGGAGGAAGGACGGCGAGCGUCUGCGCUGUGUCUACUGUCAGGACAUGUUCCACCACGAGGACAAUGGGCGGGGCCGCUGCCAGGAGGCGCCUGACCCCAUCCAUGUGUGCAUCCGGCGGGUCAGCUUCAUGUGGUGCGCUGACAGCCUGCUGUACCACUGUAUGUCCGACCCCGAGGGCGACUACUCGGACCCGUGCUCCUGCGACACCAGCGACGAGCGCUUCUGUCUGCGCUGGAGCGCCCUGGUGGCGCUGUCGCUGCUGGCGCCGUGCAUGUGCUGCUACGCGCCACUCACCGCCUGCCACCGCUGCGGUGUGGCUUGUCGCUGCUGCGGCGGCAGACACAAAGCUGCCGGCUGAGGCGGGUCGUGCCCCCCACCCCGCUGUGAUUUUAAGUGUCGUGUGUCGUUGUCUUUGUCGCGUUGUUCGAGUCCUACAACGGAGGUUGUUCUACUAUGUUGUUUGUCUUUUAGGCUUCAAAUGUGACUGCGCAGACGUCCAGUUUGAUGCUCUCUGAGGGAACAAACAUGAUAUUUUUAUACAAGUCAUCACAGACACCUUUCACAAGCAGGAACAAGCAGGCCGUUAGCCUAUCUUAGCAUAAUGCUAAUCCAAAAUACAACAUCUUUCUGCUCCACUGAGCUGACGUGAGAUAUACUUUGGCUGGUUGCCAAGGUAAGAAGAUGUUUGUCACUUCAUUGCUACCAUUAAAGCUAAGCAGCCACUGUUGUUGCCUUCUGCUGGUCAUUCGAGAGAAUACAUGUUGGGACGUCCACUUUUUACUGUCCACUAGAGGGCGGUCACGUGAGGUCAUCGCCAUGGCAACUAAAACGCAAACAUUAUGCAAUCAAACGCCACGUGACGUUUGCAGUAGAGGAUUAUUAUUGUUCUUAAAAUCUGGGAUGUUCCAAGUUGACGUUCAGGACAGCAAAAAGUGACGUCUGUCAGCUUGUCUCCUGAGAAUCAGACGUCUAAUCAGACGUCUGAUCUAAUUCCGCCACCAUUCCACACAGAGAAGAUUCUUGCGUUUAUUUUUGUAGCGGUGGCGAGGAAAAGUCUGAUGUGCAUCCGCGUUACUGUGGAAGAAAGUGCCUGAAGCUCAUCACGUGCAUUUUUCAUUCAUUGUCAGUUGUUUUUUUUAAAUACAUGACAUUUUUAACAACAUUUUCGCCACACACACAUACACAACUAUAUGUACAUAUAUACAGUAAAAGGAAUGAAUGAAUGGACAAAGUGUACAUUUUCAGUUCUAUUUUUUUAUUGUGUCUAUAAUGAUGGAUGUAAAUGUCAAACAACUGUGUGUUUGUGUGUGUGUGUGUGUGUGUUGGAGACAAUCAUGUGUUGGUUUUUACCAAAAGAUCUUGCCAACGUCUUGUGUGAGAAAGUGUUUCAUCAUCUCAACAUGACAAAAUAAAGAUGGAAAAAGA